GCGCGUUACCAAACUACCAUCCUCUCUGGUCCUUUAAACUACUGAAGAUUACUUUUUAUUUUCUCAGUUUAGCUUUUACAGUUAGUCAUUGUUAGUAUGUUCUCCUUUUCUCCAGGAUAAUAUCCACUUCAGCUCUUUGCUACUCAGCUCUGCUCCGUUGUGUCACUCACAUUGUUAUUAACACUGAAAUCCGUAGACUUUUAAACGGUUUGGAAGUCAACCACACAUUAACUACUAAACUCUGCUCCAUCCACUAACUCCAAAAGGAAGAGCCGCGAAGAACACACCACACCACAGAUGAUCUAAACUGAAGCAUGAUGAAGCACACAAACAAUUGGCGCCAGGCUACUCCAUCAGUAACUGUCGGAGUCAAACCCAACAGUUCAAACUCUCUCCAAAUCAGAAGAGGACUCCGUCUUAAAAGAAGCAACGGCCAUGAUGGCCAGGGCCCGCCUGGAAAAAGCCAGCCAAGCCAUCGGGAUGCCAAAAUGGCCAUGCCCCCAACUAUCGUCAUCCAACGGCAGGAAAUGGCAUCGUUCUUUAGACUUCUUGAUGACAAUGUGAUCCAUGACUUUCUGUGUAUGGACUGUUGCUGUAAAAUGGCUGACCAGUACCUUCUAGCCAUGACAUUUGUAUACUUCAAACGGGCCCACUUUACCAUUCCUGAAUACAACAGGAAGAACUUUUUCAUUGCACUGUAUCUUGCCAACACCAUGGAGGAGGAUGAAGAGGAGAGUAAAUAUGAGAUAUUUCCAUGGGCGCUAGGCAAGAACUGGAGGAAGCAGUUUCCUCGCUUCCUCAAGCAGCGAGACCAGCUGUGGGCUCGCCUGGAGUACAGAGCUGCCGUCAGCAGGCGCUGCUGUGAAGAGGUGAUGGCGAUCGUGUCCUCUCACUUCGUGUGGAAGCGAGAGCGGUCAGAGCACCACAGCGGUGCCCAGCGACAGUACGGGGCUCGAGAUCUUGCGCAGAUCCCCCGUGGGCCCACUGCCUCCCCGGUCCCCUGUGCCCUCUGCAACAGCAGUGCCAGGUUAGAUCCGGGCCCAGGUCCCUAUUCUCCUUUCCGAGCCUCUUCUGCACAGACCCCAAAACCCGCCUCAUUACACCCAUUCACCACCGCUCUGAGUCUGCAGAUCACCCCACCCAGAGCGGCAGGCUCUCGCAGGAAGGUAGUGGAGACGAAGAUCCAUGCGCAGCAUUCUUUCUGCUGCUGUGCGGAGGAGGUUCCCAGAGUUGAGUCUUCCUGCGGCUCCACAAAGGACACCUCCAUGGACUGGAUCAGUGAGGAGUAGAGUCUCAGAGCCUCAGCAUGCUGACCCUGCGCUUCUGUGUGUUGUUGUCUCUCCUCAAUACUUUACAAUGAAGUAGAGGUCUGAGUACCAAUGAACCUCUCUAGUUUCAAAAUAACUGGUCAGAAAAAAACGACUCGCACUCUAAUGGAAACACGCAGAAACACUGUUGUAAAUACUUGUUAAACUUUCACUGAGUUCUUUAUUUAUAUAUUUAUUUAUGUACUAAGCACUUUGUGAUUAUUUUUUGACGGCCACUUGUUUGUACACAGAUGUUAAAUGAAUGCAAAAGGUAAAUAAGUGUGACAUUUAGGAAGAAUUAACAUCAGUCACUGCAUUCUGGGAUUCUACCGGCUGUGUUUUUACUACUGUUGCCAAUGUGCCUGUUUGAUAACCCAACA